AUGAGUGUGCAUCAACAUCCCCCUCACCCGAAGCGUGCAGCACCCAGGACGUCGGUGCGCGAGAUGAAGCCACCGACGUCACCACCGGCCAGACGCUGCCAUUGCAGCACACCUACCGACGGGCUCGUAGCAACGAGCCACGAUACCCGCCACCUCCUGCAGGCGCAAUUGCGCGAACAGGAAUACCUGCGCCCGCUGAAGCGGUCGCAGAAGAAAGUCAUAGCCCGAAUCGUAAUUGUUUUCAAUUUAUAA